AAAUCAGCUGUUGUGUUGUUGUCGUGGAUCUAUUGAAUCUUAUAAAGUUUCAGCUUUUUGCGACUGAAAUUAUACUUAGGGACACGGUAUCGAAGCAAAAGUAUCGAUACCGUACUCAUGAGUAGAAUCGAUAACAAAGUAUCGUACUCAUUAAAGUAUCGAAACAAAAGUAUCGAUACUUCAAGGUAUCGAGUACUUUUUAGAUCAAAAUUUGCUAGGUCAAUGUCAGUCAGUAAAUAAUGUCCGUUUUACUUCAGUUCAGCAGGACAUAAAAAACAAAUGGUAUUGGUACACAAAUUUAAUAGAAUAAUAGAAAAUGGAAUGAAUGAAACAAAUCGAAAAUGUAGCAAAAGGAAACAAUAUUAAGUUAUUUGAGGUAUGCUAAAUACUAGCAGUGUCCCACAGUUUCACCCGCGUAGUAGAUUAAAGAUCCCAUUCCUCCUCCAUAGUCGCUUAAAAAUAGAAGUUUGUUGAGCCUUUUGGUUUCGAAUUUUUGUGAUGGUACUUCGUGCUUCAGAAAAUAAUCGUUCUGAAGGUACUGACGUCGCAGGGAUUGAUAUAUAUAUUCAUUCUCGUGCCAAUUUAUAUAAUUUUGGGAAUACUACUUUCAUAUCUUCCCAUUGUUUUAAGGGAUCUACUGAAAGUGGCGAAACCUGUGCCGAUAAGUAGUAGCUUAAUUCAUCCUUAAAUUUCAGGCUGUGAUGAAGAUGAAGAACUUGCUUUAUUAUUUUGUUUUUUAGUGUGUGCCAACUUCUUAUGGUGGCUCCAGAAAUCAAAUGUCGUUUCUUUUUUUAAGACAUUCGUCUUUAUUAUUUUCAACGAGUGAGCUAGAACGCGCAGUUAAAUUAAAUUCUUCAUUCGAUACGAUACCUGGGAAAAAGUACUUAUUGAGUAAAAGUAUCGAAUGCAAAGUAUCGAGUACAAAAGUAUCGGUAUCGAACUGGAAUGUACUCGAUACCACAAAGCAUCGAUACUUUUUUCGUGUCCCUAAUUAUACUUCAUGUAGCAUUAAUGAGUACCUUACAGUCAUGUCGAACCAAGAAAUCAUACAAGAAUAUUCAAACUCCAUAAAAAAUCUCAAGAAACAGUGUACUGACGCCGGGAUGACCGAAGAGGAAUUUAAAAGAAUGUAUUUUAAGUCUCUUAAAUCACUAGAAAAUACUGGAAGCCCAGAGACUAACACUCCACGACGACCUGCAACCAAAUUUAGAAUUAUAUUAGUAGUAAUAAUUAUAGGAGUGUGUGUAGUAUACAAUUACAAAUCUAUUUACAGCAGUAUUGUUUGUAACUUACAAGAGUAUAUUUAUCCUGGUUUGAAGCUACUAAGAAAAUUAUCGAUACCAUUUAUAUCAUUAUUCCCCUCCCUAACUGAUUAUUAUCAUGAAACAUGCUUGAUCCAAAAUCCUUACUUCUCCGUAGUGGACAUGGACUGCUGGCCUUGUAGCACAGUCAGUAAUGUCAGGGAGGUUAAUGAUCCAAAUCCUGUCAGUCAGCAACAAACCGCACCAUUUAUUUAUGAGACUGAACAGCCAGUAAUUAAUAUGGAUGCUCUAAAAACAAUGUACCUUAGGAAUCAAGACACAUUUGACAAAGAAUCUCCAAAGAUUUUAACUAAUCAUAAAUAUUAUAUUAGCCCCCAUGACUUGUUUAUUGACAAACCAUUGAGAGACAAGAGUUUUUACAUCUGGAAAUUCAAUAACAUGAAUGUAGCCAAGAUAUUACGACAAAUUGUUCCUAGACCAAAAGUAGUGCCCAAGUUUGGGCAAAGCACUGAAAGGUUUAUAAUCAUUGACACAAGCCAGAAUACAUUUAGUAUACCUGACACAGAAUGCAGUUUCUCAUUUCUGUUAGCCCUAAGUGGUUCUAGAGAAAUACAUUUAGUACCAGCUGAAGAAUGUAAACACCAGUGCAAAUCAUUGAAAGUUGACCUGAAAGAAUCUUACUUGCUUUGGUACAAUUGGUGGUACUGGAGACCUACAGUCCAGCACUCUAUGGGAAACAACACUUUCAUUGCACAUGUUGGGUCAUACUGCUGACAAUGGCUUCACAAUACAAAUAAAACACAAGAAUGGAAUGUACAAAACACCAAUUCAUUCAUUAAAUAAAUAAAUAAAAUUAACUAAAAAUCAACUAAUGCAUUCAUUCAAACUUUUCUUUCAACUUUUCUUUGAGGAAUACUGGUACUAAUGAGACAAGUGCGAAUACACUGAGGACUGUGACUGAAGUCCAUGACCAGGCAUCACUUGUGGAAGUCAAUGUGUGCAGAGUUUGUCCAGCCUGGAUAGCCACAAAAGAUGGUGGUGCUACACCUGGAAGGAAAAAAAUUUGAAUUGAAAAACAUUUUUUUUACAUACUGUAAUGUGUGUGUACCCAUUUGUGUAUCACAUAGAUCUUUAUCUCAAGUUUAUUUAUUUUCUUUAUGGCUUUUACAUAGACGAGGUUAAUCAACAUAAACAGAACUAGAUCUGUUAUCUCUAGCCGUAAACUUCAUAACAACUCACUAUUUGAGUAUGUCAAGUAGAUAAUUAUCAACUCACCAAUGAAUGUUCCUAAAGCAAAUGGUACUAAUGGCACUCCAAUUACAGGUGCUGACAUAUUAAUAAACCAGUUUGGUAAAAAAGGUGUCACUCUCAUAAAAAUUAUAUAGUUGAGCAAAUUAUUUCUGUGCUUUGUGACUGCCUUAGACCACUGUGCAGCCCUCUCCGGGAAAAACUUCUUCACUAGUUUCUUUCCAAGCAGGUUUGACAGGAAGAAACAUAAACUUGCACCAAUGGCUGAACAGCAGCAAACUAAAAGUAAUGCUAAAUAAAAUGGGAACAAGAACCCUGAAAGAAUACUUAGAAAAAUAGAUCCAGGUAUUGCAAAUGUUUGCAAA